GCAAAUUGCCAUGUACUUCCGGUGUGUAAGAUAAAGACACACGCGGAUCUAUCGAGAAAAGAACGCGAAUUAUUAUUAAAAUAGGUAGUAAAGCAGGAGACACAAAAUAUUAGACUGCAUUGCUUUUCAAAAUGUCCAAUAACGGUGCUCCGGACUCAUGGGAAAGUCAAGCUGAAGUUGUGGGUGAAAAAGGUGCAAAUGAUUCUAAUGAAUUGUCUCCGAAAACAUUUUCCACGUUGAACGUAAAUGCCGUGGAAUUCGUGCCUUCUUUUUGUACUAAAGCCUCUCAGGAUGAAUCACCAACAAAGUCACAAAAAUCUGAAAGUAGUCCUACGAGCUCUGAUGGAAGUCCGGUCAUGAAUGGGUGCGGUGAAGGUGAUAAUGGUGACAAUGUCGCAGCCUCAGCAUCUCCACGUGUUGAAGAGCCUCCUCCUGUGCCGCCAGCCACAGCAGUGGCUCCUGUCCCUGAGGUACCACCAGACGACAGCUCGCCAACUGUUGACAGCUGGGAAAAUGAAGCUGAUAAUGCACUGCUCACAGAAGAAAACAACGAAGCAGAUGAAGAGGAAAUUGAACCACAGGAGGAUGGUGAAUUGGCAAAGAAAGUUCCUAAGAAGAAACCUCCACGGGUGGAGGACACGCGAAGCAAAAAGGAACAUGUAAAUGUUGUAUUUAUUGGACAUGUAGAUGCUGGUAAAUCUACAAUUGGUGGGCAAAUCAUGUCAUUGACUGGAAUGGUGGACAAGAGAACAUUAGAGAAAUAUGAGCGUGAGGCCCGAGAGAAAUCAAGAGAAUCAUGGUACUUGUCAUGGGCACUUGAUACUAACCAAGAAGAACGUGACAAGGGAAAAACGGUGGAAGUGGGACGGGCGUACUUUGAGACUGACAGAAAGCAUUUCACUAUCCUGGAUGCACCGGGACACAAAAGUUUUGUUCCCAACAUGAUUGGUGGUGCUGCUCAGGCCGACCUUGCUGUACUUGUAAUUUCGGCGAGGAAAGGGGAAUUCGAAACGGGAUUCGACCGAGGGGGGCAGACGAGAGAGCACGCCAUGUUGGCGAAAACGGCUGGCGUGAAGCAUUUAGUAGCACUUGUUAAUAAAAUGGAUGAUCCCACUGUCAACUGGGAAGAAAAAAGAUACAAUGAAUGCAGAGACAAAAUUAUGCCAUAUCUGAAAAAACUAGGAUUUAAUCCAGCUAAAGACUUAUCCUUCUUGCCAGUUUCUGGGCAGACUGGGCAAGGAUUGUUGGAAAGAGUCACAGAGGAAGUAUGUCCAUGGUACCGUGGUCCGUCCUUUAUACAACUCAUUGAUGAGUUGCCUUCCCUCAACAGAAAGAUGGACGGCCCAUUUAUAAUGCCAGUGGUUGACAAAUAUAAGGAUAUGGGUACAGUACUCAUGGGCAAAGUUGAGGCUGGCACUACCCGCAAGGGUAGCUUAUUAUUUUUAAUGCCGAACAGGGUUAACGUGACUGUAGAUCAACUAUGGUCUGAUGAUAUUGAAGUGACAUCAAUCGGUCCUGGUGAAAACGUGAAAGUUAAACUUAAAGGAAUUGAAGAAGAAGAUGUAUCACCUGGUUUUGUACUUUGCGAUACUAUUGAUCCCAUUACUACUGGAAGAGUAUUUGAUGCUCAAGUGGUAAUUCUGGAACACAAGUCCAUUAUUUGUGCGGGAUACUCAGCCGUUAUGCACAUACAUUGUGCUGCCGAAGAAGUCACUGUAAAGGCACUGAUAUGUCUAGUUGAUAAGAAAACCGGUGACAAGUCAAAGACGCGGCCGCGCUUUGUAAAGCAGGACCAAGUGGCCAUCAUGAGGAUAGAGUGUGCCGGUAUCAUAUGUCUUGAGCCUUUUAAGAAAUUUGCGCAGAUGGGCAGGUUCACAUUAAGAGAUGAAAAUAAAACAAUUGCAAUCGGCAAAGUUCUCAAAGUGGUUGAAUAAAUUUGGCACUACAAUUUGUAAUUUAGCUAGGUUAGGCUUUCAAUAUCUUAUAUAUCAGAGAAUGCAACUAUAUAAUAUGUAAUCCUCAACUUUGGGAUCCAUAUGAGAGCAUACCAGAUUUCGGAUUAAUAGAAAAGCUAGUUUCACACAAAUCAUUCAUAUCCGCUGCCGUACAACAUUAACACCAAAAUUUCUCAAAAAAAAUGUACCCCAUCAACUAUUCAUUUUAUAGCUAACCCCUUAAAGCUUAAGGAUAGUUGGUGAAAAUGAUUACUUGAGCAACAUUAAAUUCUGUUCCUAUUUGGGCCAUGGAUAUUUAUAUAUAUUUAUGAUUAAUGUUGAUAUUACAGUGUUGAAUGUUUGGUAGAUUAUUUAAAAUAUUGGAUAAGCUGAUAUUUGACAUUUAUAUUUAUACCUGAAACAUCGAAAAUUGGUUUCAUAAAAAUGUGAACAGAAGUUAAAAGUUGCUAAAAUCUCAAGUAAAUUAAUAACAGUGUUUGAUGGAUGUUUUUACGCUUUGUUCCAUAAUGGUUGGUGUGCCACCAUUAGCUAUUUCUUAAUUGAAAUUGAUCAGAAAUAUCUAAUUGUCGCAUUAUCUGACCUGUAAUGUAAACAAAGAGUGGAAUUCUUCAUUAGUAUAGUUUGUAUGGAACAAUUUUACUGACAUUUACACAUAAAACCUGCAAAUUAGUGCGCUUUAAUAACACCAACUAAAUAAAUACGAAUUGUUAAAUCUAUUCCAUAUAUGUGGUGUUCCGUUUUCUACAGUUUAACGUGAUAGCGUUCUAAGUGCUCUUAUUUCAUGUGUACCCGCAGAGUAUAAAGCAGAAGUUGAUAUUUUUAUACGUCAAAGUCCGAUAUGAAAGCCGAUGUGGGUUUGUAAAGUAAGGAUGUGUAUAUUAUUGUAAUGUCGUUCUCUUAAAAUUAUGAUAGUUUAAUUUGAUUCUUCGCUACAUGAAAUAAUAAGAGCACGCAGAAUUACUCGAGAUGUGGUACUGCGGAUGUACAAUGGCUUACUAGUGUUAUAAAGCAGUUUGACACAUUCUUAAACAUUGUUUGCUUUUGCUUUGUCAGAUAUCAUUUGCUGAAAAUAAAUAUAAUUUUAGGACAUUUUAUUUUUCAUCAGAAGUGUUUGUUGAGUUAUCUGUUAUGAUAAUUUUAUGCUUACCUCUCACUCCCAAUUCAGAGUUUGAGUAUCAAAUUUAAUUUUCAAAAGCGUCAAAGGUUUAAUGAAAUAUCUAGUGUGUGAUUUACAUAUAAAUAAAGAUAUCAUAUUUGUAUAACUUUUCAAUUCUUUUUGCAACACUUUGCAUGUAUAAAAUUAAAUAUAAUGGUUUGUAUAUUUUAUAUACACAUUACUAGUAGGAAUAUGCAAUAAAUAUUUUGUUUCGGUAAUACGUCAUAGUUAUUAAAAUUUAAUAAUUUAUUAAUUGCAAUGUAUUUCUUUAGUAUUUUAUAAUUUCCAUUAUCAGAGUUACAUCCUUAACCCACUACACCUGGUUAACUAAUCUCUCAGGUGUUUUCCACAUUAAAAUUACUUCCUAAAGUAUUAAUGUAGGUACAAAUACAAGAGUACUUAUUUUAAAAUGAUUUGGGAGAUGAGUCUUUGUGUCGGUUUGACCUUCCAGUUGUUGAAUAUAUAUUUUCUUUUUUAAUGUUCAGCUUUUUUAACAUAAUCAAUUUUAUUUAGGGCGAUGUAUAAUAAUUAUCGGUAUUUUAUGUAUGUUAGUGGUAAUAAUCGUGGUGGCGAAUGUAAGCAUUCUGGGGCCUGAAAAGGUCGGGCGACAGAGACCUGCAUAGAGAAGUAUAUGGGGCGCCAAUAGUGCCUUUAUCUUAUUGGGUGCCACGUUCGCCGCACGACUCUGCACGAGCAUUUGCAUACUUAUAAUAUUUUGUUUAAAUUUAAUAAAAUUUUAUUAAAACUGCUCCAA